ACCUAGAUGAAUUAGAUUUUCAAAGAUCGAUACAUAAUGCAUCUUUAAUUGGUAAUAUUUCACAAGUAAAGUCAAUUAUUUCAAAGAAAGGUAGCGCAAUUACGAAUCAAAUUGAUGCUACUGGAUAUACUCCUUUGCAUUAUUCAGCUCGAAGUGGUAAUCUAGAAAUAUGUCGUCUUUUACUGGAACAUGGUGCAAAUGUAAACGCCGUAACUCCAGAACUUUCGUCAACUCCACUCCACCGUGCUGCUAUAAUCAAUAAUUCGGAAAUGGUUAAUCUUUUAUUAUCAUAUGGUGCUAAUCCCAAGCUAAAAGAUUCUGAUGGACAUACUCCAUUAGAUAAGGCUCGUAAAAAUGGAUCCGAAGACGUUGUUUUAAUUUUGAAAAAGUUUAGUGAAUCAGAAGAUUAG